AUGCAUGACACGAUCGUACGCUUAGCAGACGUAUGGAAGACGUGCAAUAAGAUCCGCGCAGCGGUUUUCCGAGUUGGACUCAACUUGUGGGACUGGUACCGCCCUCUAGACCCUGAAGGGAACUCGCUUAUCUCUGAGUCUAAGUUCGUGUCGGUGCUGGCGGGCCCGCUGCGCGCCGUGGUAGGCCUGUCGGAUGCGGAGAUCGCGCAGGUGGCGGACUACUUCCGGGCGCAGGACGGCCGCGUGCUCUACCAUCAGCUUUGCCAGAUUAUUCACGGCGAAGAUGCGGGCGGGCGGGACAAGACUAUGGCGGACUGCGUGCUGGAGGCGUGCCCGCCGCCGCGCGAGCCGCAGUGCCGCCGCCUGGACCAGUGGCAGGCGCGCCGGCUGUGCUGCCUGCUCGCCACCAUCGCGCAGCGCAACCUGCCGCUGCGCCCGUACUUCCAAGACUACGAGCUCGUGGCUAAGAACGACGGGCGCAUCACCUUCGCGCACUUCGCACGCAUCCUAGACUACAUCGGCGUGAUCGUGUCGCCGGAGGACUUCAACCUGCUCGUGCGCCGCUACAUCAAGGACUCCUACACGCUGGACUACGUCGCCUUCCUAAAGGAGAUCGAGGCUGUCAAGAACGAGGGCAUCCAAGGUCUAGGCCCGGAAUACAAGCACCCUAAGGCGGUGAUAGACACGACGUUGCCGAAGCAGCCGCGGGUGGCGGCGGGCGCGGGCGCGGCCGACGCGUGCCACCCGACGCUGCAGCGGCCGCCGCUGCCGCGCGCGCUGCUCGAGCUCAUGCUGCGCGUACAGGAGUUCGUGCUGCAGAGGCGGAUACGCGUGUCGGAGUUCUUUAGAGACUACGACCCGCUGAACAGCGGUCGCGUGACGGCGUCUCAGUUCGUACGCGCGCUGGACGCCAUGGGGCUGGGCGCGGUGCUACGCGCGGGCGAGGCGCGCUGCGCGGCGCGCCAGUACGCCGACCCCGACGACCGCGGCCUCGUCUGCUGGCGCACCUUCGAGGACGACUGCGACCAGGACGAGCCAGUACCUACCUAUUACCAACUCAUGCUGUUCUCGUCACCAUUGAGUAACGUAUUCCCAGUGUUCACAACAAAAGAGCUCGAGAAGCACCCGGAGCUAACGCCGGGCGACACGUCGGCGGUGGCGGCGCUAGGCGCGGCGGGCGCGCGCGCGCUGUCGCCCGCCGCGCUGGACGCCGCGCAGGCUGCGCUGAUGCGCGUGCGCGCCGCCGUCGCCGCGCGCUCCGUCGACCUUCGCCCCUUCUUCAGAGAGCACGACGAGCACAACAACGGGCACGUGUCGCGCACGCAAGUGCGGCGCGUGCUGGCGCGCGCGGGCGUGCUGGUGGCGCCGGAACAGCUGCGCGCACUCGAGCAGCGCUACCUCGACGACUGCGGCUUCCACUACGUCGCGCUCCUCGACGAGUUAGAUGAGCGUCCGGCGGAGAGCGCGACGAUACCGCGGGCGAGCGCGCCGGCCCGCGCCGCGCGCCUCGCCGCGGCCGACCCGCACGAGACCGACAUCGUGCAGAUACUCGCCAAGAUCAAGGGGAAGAUGGUGCGCGAAGGCAUCCGUCCGUACGAGUUCCUGCAGCAGUUCGACAAGACGCGGUCGCGCGUCAUCCCGCGCAGCGACUUCUACCGCGGGCUGGCCGCCGCCGGGCUGCCGCUAACGCCGCUCGAGAUGGACACACUCAUGGAAGUCUUCUGCGCGCCGGGGCGGUGGCGCGAGGUGGAGUACGAGCGGUUCUGCACGACGGUGGGCGAGGCGCUGACGCAGGGCGGGCUGGAGCGCGCGCCGAUGCUGGCGCCGCUGCCGCACGUGCCCACGCGCGACUCGCCCCUCAACUACCUCAACUUCGAGGAGCGCAGCGUCGUGUCCGGCGCGCUCGCCAAGCUGGCCAAGUUCCCGGAUCAGCUCUCUAAUAUACUUGAAGUGUUCAAGGUAAGAGUUAAUAACAACGGUCGCGUGCAGGACGCGGACCGCGAGCGCUGCGGUACGCUGCCGCGCGUGUCGGUGGAGCGCGCGCUGGCGCGGCGCGGCGCGCUGGCGCUGCUGUCGGCGCGCGAGCGCGGCCUGCUCUACAAGUGCUUCGGGUACCGCCGCGGCUGCGAGGACGAGAUACUUGAAGAGUGUACAGUUUGCGUGGACUGGGAUAAACAUCACCAAAGGUACACAAAGGCACGAGAGCUUUACACAGCACAUAAAGAAGAACCACAAAAUAAUUCACAGGUAUUCUAUAGCGCUGACCUCGAAAAAGUGAUCAUGUUGCCAAGAGAUGUUGAGCAAGUACACAUCUGGCUCGAUAAUUGCAGCUCGCAAAACAAGAAUUGGCUUUUAUAUUCGAUGCUCAUUCAAAUGAUUAACAGUGAAGCCAUUGCUACAGAAAAAAUAACUCUGUAUUACUUUGAACCCGGUCACACUUUCAUGAGCAGUGAUCAAGUGCACCAUCAAGUAGAGUUGGCCAUGAAGAAAAAAGGAAAAAUUUACGAUUUCUCUGAUUUUGAAGAGUGUGUGUCUUCCAUUAAUAAGUCAAAAGUAAUCGUACAGUCUAUGUUGCCAGAAAACUUUUUGAAUAUACCAAAUUAUGUGUCACAAAGGAGAAUCCAAACAUCCAACCCAAGGGCUUAUUUAAAAAAUAUGGUUGAGGUGGACUACAGAGCCCUCUGCAACGCGCUGGACAUCCUGCACGCCACCUCCAGCGCGCAGCCUUGU